AUGUACGCUCCGAAACGGAAAGGACACCGCUCACGUCUUGACGGCUUCGAGAUCGAGAUCUUCAAACUCGUCAAGGAGGAGGCGGCUCCGGAGCAGUGGAAGCAGUGGUUUCGAGCACCUCUGGAGCAUGCUACUGCCAGAGGAAACCUGGAUCUCUUCACACGGUUAAUGGACGCUGGUGCCGACGGGGAAGCAGGCUGGCGGGGUUGUCAUGGACGAACACUGCUAGGUGCGGCUGCAUGCGGCAACAAUAGCGACAAGAUGGUGCGGGCUUUGCUCGAGGCUGGGGCGAGGAGGGAUGUAAACGUCCGCUUCGGGAAUACAAACGAGUCCACCCUCCACGUUUCGGCAGCGCGGGGUGCUGAAGCCUCAUGCACGGCGCUCAUGAUCGCUGGGGCAGACCCGAAUCUACGUGAUUGGGAGGGUGCAAGUUCACUCCACCUCACUGCCAAAGCAGGGCACCACGGAGUUGCAGGUAUCCUUCUUCUGAAACGGGCCCAAGUAUAG